AUGGCAGCCACCCCAUCUCAAACUACUCCACAACCGACUGAAACUUCAAAAAUUGACAAUGAGCCGACACCAAAAGCCUCAGAAUCUGCACCCAAGAAGGGCUUCCCUCGCUGGUCCGUUGAAGAAGAUAAAAAGUUGUGCAUUGCUUGGUUGAAUACAAGUUGGGAUGCCAUUGUUGGGAAAGGACAGAAGGCGUCAACCUUCUGGGAACGAAUUCACAGAAACCUUUCCGAACUUAUCACCAAAUACAAUAAAGAAAAGAAGAAUUCAAAAGGCUUCAAGGAGCUUCUGAUACGACCGGUCGGUGCUGUCAAAUGUCGCUGGGCACUCAUACUGAAGUUGGUCAACAAGUUUUCGGGAUGCUACUCAAAUGUCGAACACCGCAUGAAAAGUGGAAAGACUUGCGAAGAUAUUCUUACCGAGGCCAAAGAACUAUACAAGAUGACAUUCGAAACAUCUUUCAACCUUGACCAUUGCUGGGGAAUCUUGAAGGACACUCCGAAAUGGCAGGCUGCUCAGCAAGAGAAUGACGCGCGAGGAAAGAAAGCACCAAAAUUGACUCCAGCUCCGACUUUGUCUGAAAUUCCAAGUUCCACCCCUGCGGUUAUGGAUAUUGAUGAUACAGAAUCUGAGGCCGGGCGAUCCGUUUUGGGAAACAUGCGUAUUGAAGGUCAAAAAGCGGCCAAACAAAAACGCAACGAGGAGGCGACGAUUGAGAAGAUAGUGGCCAUGCAGAAGGAUCUCGUUCAGAUCUCUCAAGAGCAAUUGUCAUCUAUGCAAGAAGCAAUGCAAUCAAACUCCAACAAGGCGGUCAUGUCUAAAGACCUCAGUUUGAUGGACGAAGAUAGUCGCGCUUACUAUCAAAAGAAAAAGAAGGCUAUUAUUGCUCGCGAGUUGGAAAAAGAUAAGGCAAGGGAAGAAAAACAAAAAAAAGAGAAAGAAGACGCGGAAAAAAAAGCGCAAGAAGAAAAGGAAAAGGCUAUGAAGGAAGAAAGCAAGAAGACCUCAACCAAUACCAAUAUCAAGAAAGCCGCAAACAAAGUAAUCGAGAUUGCCGAGGCGGAUGGUGCUGGAAAGGAGGCAGAACAGGAGGAGGAGGAGGUGGUGGUGGAAGAAGAGGUUGCCGACAAGGAGUAA